AUGUCAUCAUCUUCAUCCAAUGAAAUGGAAGAAUUGGAAGAAAGAUUGGACGAAGUUUUCGAAGAUAUCUGUGAAGAUACAAUCAACAACAUUAUCGAGGCCCAAACCAAAAAGCAAAAGAAACGAGCAUAUAUUGAUCGAAACCGUGAAGCAGGACACAUCCGGUUAUGGAAUGACUACUUCUCCGAAAAUCUCACAUAUGAGGAACAUAUCUUCAGACGCCGUUUCAGAAACCGUGAAGCAAUUCGUAUGCUUUCUUAUGGUUCUGCAGUCGAUGCGGUUGACAAAUAUCUCCGACUUGAGGAUCUUCAACGACUCCUCGAUAUUGGAGAGAAACGCGGGUUUCCUGGGAUGAUUGAGAGCAUUGACUGUAUGCAUUGGGAGUGGAAAAAUUGCCCAACGACUUGGAAAGGACAGUACGCCCGUGGAUCAAACAAACCGACAAUUGUCUUAGAGGUUGUAGCUUCACAAGAUCUUUGGAUAUGGCACGCUUUUUUUGGUCCUCCAGGUACCUUAAACGAUACUAAUGUCCUCGAUCGAUCUCCUGUUUUUGACGACAUUAUAGAAGGUCGAACUCCAAGGUUAGAGUACGUGGUCAACGGACACAAGUAUAAGUUGGCUUACUAUCUCACAGACGGUAUUUAUCCAAAAUGGUCAACAUUUAUCCAAUCUAUCUCACGUCCUCAAGGUCUUAAAGCACGGUUAUUUGCUAAAAAACAAGAAGCAGCCCGAAAAGAUGUGGAACGGGCCUUUGGAGUUUUGCAAGCUCGAUUUGCGAUUGUCAAAAACCCGGCUCUUACAUGGGACAAAAAAAAGAUAGGGAAGAUUAUGCGAGCAUGUAUCAUAAUAUACAAUAUGAUAGUAUGA